AUGCCAAAACAUCCAAAAAAGAAACUUUCUUGCCCGCUUACUAUGGUAAGAUAUUAUUGUGAUAUACUCGAUUAUCCUACUACCUAUAUAUGGGUUUGUAAAAUUUGCUUGAGAAUGAUAUUGAGCGAAGAAGCUGUUUCAAAUCAUUUGAACAAUUGCAGUAAAAAACAUAGACAGUCGAACCAAGCUCCACCUAUACCAACCAAAAAAAAUGAAGAUUUGUCUUACAUAUGUGAGUAUUGCGGCAGGGUAUUUUCAAGGAGAGUUAAGCUAAAGAAGCAUCAUAUAGAUGUCCAUGAAAAAUCAUCAAGUCUAUACUAA